GGGUAAAAUGUCAACAACUUCUUGUAUAAAUAUUGCUUCUCCCUAGGUGAUUUUUAUCAGUUCACCACUUGACUUAACCAAUACAACCAUGAACGCUUUGAUUAUCCUCACCGCUAUUUUAGCGUGCGCUGCUGCCCAAAAAAGUGAUAAAACAGCAUCUAUUCUUAGACAAAGUAGCGAUGUUAACCCAGACGGUUCUUAUCAAUGGAGUUACGAAAACGACAACGGUAUUUCCGCCCAAGAACAAGGAUCUUUAACCAACUCAAAAGAACCAGCGGUUGCUGCUCAAGGUGGUUUCCAAUACAAAUCGCCAGAAGGUGAACAAAUUUCAAUUCAAUACGUAGCUGAUGAAAACGGAUUCCAACCACAAGGAGCCCAUCUUCCGGUUGCACCAGAACCACAACCAAUCCCAGCAUAUAUUGCCAGAGCUUUGGACUGGAUCGCCGCUCAUCCACAACCGGAAGAAAAGCCACAACGUAAAUUCUAAAACCAAUCUACCUAAACUUUAAACAGACCAUAAUGUAAAAUGAUUUUUUGUUGUAUUAAAACGAAUUCGUUUAUUUUUGUUGGACACUCUGUGAUUUAUUCUAUCUUCUUGCUCCGAUUUGUAUUAUAAUGAAAAAAAAAUGUACAUAAGAUUUUUUUAUUACCAAUAAUAAAUGAAUAAUAAA